CCCCGCGCCCGCCCCCGCGCCCGCCCCGCCGUCUCCCCCGGAGAUCGAAGAGGCAAUCGGCAUGGUCGGCCGGAGACGGAGAUCAGCGCCUGAACCUGUCCAAACGGAGUCGCAGUCUUCUUCACGAUUAUGGACAAUGCUUACGAACGCCAGCGCCACCGGGGAGGUGAUCUGGCCAACGGAGUCCCUCCAGUGGCGCACGCUGGCCGUCAAGACAGCUGCGGAUGAGGAAGUCCAGUGGGCUGCAGUCCACCCGAGGUUCUGCUGUGAGCAAGGAUGCUCUGUCCCAGUCAAGCGAGGAGUCAUCGCAGGUGGACGACAAGGGCAGCGUCACUGUCGGGGCUGCGGCAGCCACGGGGGCCGCGGGGGCGACUCAGGCCCAGACCCAGCAGCAACAGCCGUCUGGAUGGUCUGUGAACGUGGUACUGUCUCCUGAAUACACGCCUAGCCAAGUCGUGCGGGGGGUGGACGCCAACGACCUAUCAGACACUAGGCCAAAAAAUGGGACAGCGGCGGACGUGACGCAUGUGUCUCCGUCGAGACCGGCAGGACCGGCGGCGGCCGAGCACGGCCCCGGCACAGUGUCGGGGGCCGUGCGGGAGGUGUGGCAGGCCCUGGACCAGGACCCCACGCGCAACAGGACGGGGCGCGAGCGCGACCCGCAGCAGGCGCCCGACGGCUUCUUCUGGGACAUCUGGCUAAGUCAGGACGACCCGACCCGGGUUAGGGAGGCGAGAGCGCGCAUGAUGCGCCAGUACAUGGACACCUCCGUGGAGCCCUGCGCCGACUUCUACACGUACGCGUGCGGCGGCUGGGCCAAGUCGCACCCCAUCCCGCCGGACAAGACCGUGUUCGACACGUUUGAGACGCUCCGGGAGAUGCUGGACGCGGCGCUGCGCGUCGAACUCGAGCGGCCAAAUGGCGAGGAACCUGCGCCGUCUCUGUCGCGACUGGAAAAGAGAGUGGAGCCAGCGGCAGCGAUCCCCGUGAGCACCAGCCCCCUGCAGCGCGCCACCGCACCCGCGCCACCCACCGCUCUGGACGACGAGGGCGGCGACCCGGCCUCCGAUGCGGGUGGCGCCGAGAAACGUAAGCAGGCGGCCGCCUCUGCCGGCGCCCACACCGACGCCACCACCAAGGCGAAGUGGCUCUACAAGUCGUGCAUGAACCACGAGCUGCUGGAGGCACGCGGCGUGGCGCCGCUGGUGGAGCUGCUGCGCAAGCUGGGCGGCUGGCCGGUGCUGGACCCGGCGGGCUGGGACGAUCGGGGCUUCGACUGGCUGCACCUCGUCGCCCAGCUGCGCCUCUACAACAACGACAUCCUCAUCUCCGAGUGGGUGGGGCCGGACGUGAAGAACUCGGACCAGUACGUGAUCCAGCUGGACCAGACGGGGCUGGGGCUGCCCACGCGCGACUACUUCCUGGCGCCCUCCAACGCGCCCUACCUCAAGGCCUACCGUGACUUCAUGGUGGAGGUGAUGGAGCUGCUGGGCGCCGACACGGCCACCGCCGUCGCACACGCUGCCGAAAUUGUGUCUUUCGAGACGAGCCUGGCACAGAUUGUGGCGUCCUCCGAGGAGCGUCGCAACGUGUCGCAGCUGUACCGCCGCCUCAGCCUGCAAGGCCUGUGCGACCUGGUGCCGGGCGUGGAUUGGCGACGCUACCUGGCCGUCGUCCUGGGCCGGAACAUCCCAGACGAGCAGCCCGUCGUCAUAUUCGCGCUGCGUUACAUGAGCGACCUGGUGGCGCUGGUGGACAAGAACCCGCGGCGCGUGGUGGCCGACUACCUGCUCUGGCGCUUCGUGCGUCACCGCAUCAACAGCCUCGGCGACCUCUUCGGCGCGGCCAAGCAGCGGCUGCUGCACGCGCUCAUGGGGCGCGAGGCGGUGCCGCCGCGCUGGAAGACGUGCGUCGCGCACGUCAACUCGCACAUGGGCAUGGCGCUGGGCGCGCUGUUCGUGCGCAGGUACUUCGACCACAACUCCAAACAGGACACCCUGGAGAUGACGCGCGACAUUACCCAGUCGUUCCGCGAGAUGCUCAACGAGACCGAGUGGAUCGACGAGGAGACGCGGCGCCUGGCGCUACACAAGGUGGACUCGAUGCAGCUGCGCAUCGGCUACCCGGACUUUGUCCUGGACCGACCCGCCCUCAACGAGCGCUACGAGGACGUGGACGUGCAUCCGGACAAGUACUUCGAGAACACGCUCAACAUCCUGCGCAAGCUGGCCCGGGUGGAGCAGGAGCGGCUGGGCACCCCAGUCAACAAGACGCUGUGGAACACGGCGCCGGCAGUCGUCAACGCUUACUACAGCCGCAACAAGAACCAGAUUAUGUUCCCUGCCGGCAUCCUGCAGCCGCCCUUCUACCACCGCCACCUGCCCCGCUCCCUCAACUACGGUGGCAUCGGCGUGGUGAUCGGCCACGAGAUCACGCACGGAUUCGACGACAAGGGCCGCCUGUUCGACGAGCACGGCAACCUGCUCCAGUGGUGGGGCGAGGACGCCAUCAUCAACUUCCACGAGCGGGCGCAGUGCCUGAUCAAUCAGUACAGCAACUAUAGCGUGUCCGAGAUUGACCUGCUUAUCAACGGAGAGAAUACGCAGGGGGAGAACAUCGCGGACAACGGAGGCGUCAAACAGGCUUUUAGGGCGUACGAGCGCUGGGCCGCGCAGCACGCGGACGCGGCGCAGGCCGAGACCCUCCCCGGGGUGAACGCCACCGGCCGCCAGCUCUUCUUCAUCAACUUCGCGCAGGUGUGGUGCAGCUCCAUGCGGCCCGAGGCCAUGCGGUCCAAGCUCAAGAUCGCCGUCCACUCGCCGGCGCGUUUCCGGGUUAUCGGCACCCUGUCCAAUUCGAGAGAAUUCGCCGAGGUCUUCAACUGUCCCGUGGGCUCGCCCAUGAACCCCGGUGAAAAAUGCUCAGUCUGGUGAGAAAGACUCAGACCAAAAUGACGAGCGGCGCCAACCGACGUUGGCUCUCUCUUAGAUGUGCCAAAUCUUUGAACUGUAAAUAUUGUAAAGUAAAUACUUUAAGGAUGUAAAACGUU